CAAACAAGUUUGAAAAUAACUUUUUUAAUCUUUAAAUUAAAAAAAGUUUUUGUAAAAAAAGUUAUGAAUAUAUACUAUGAGAAUUCAUAAAUACUUCGAUAUUUUCACAGAAAUUUGUCAUGUGUAUAAACCAAGAAUAUAUCAAUUUUACUUGACUAAUUAUUUAAAUCAAACGGCUUUACAACUAAUGCUCAUAACCCCGUUAAGCAGUUUUGAAUAUUGUGAGAACAAUUUUGCCAAUUACGCAACACAUUUUUCUGCCAUUUCAACUUGAAUUAUCUACUUUAUCGAUAAAUUUCAUGAUAUUUGAAUGUCAUGAGAUUAAACGACUACUGCCAUCUGUUGUAGUAAAAUAUUUACUGUGUUGGUUACACUUUUUCUCUCUACUAUAGACAUUAAUUAACGACGAUCUUUAAACUAUCAGUAACCGCAUAUUGGAUCCAUUUUGUUAAAAACUAAUAUUAUUAAUUUUGAUUGCCGAUAAUAAUUAGUAUCAAUUACAAUUAUUAAAACUAAUAUAUUGUCAAUAUGUUAAAAAAACGUGGUAGACCAAUAUCUGUAGACAUAGAAAAGUUGAAAGAAGUCCUAAAGCUCAAUAAAAACAAAAUAUUUACAGAUGACAAUCGUGUAGUAUCAAAGCACGAUGAGAUUUGGAAUUCAAUUUCACAAGAAUUGAAUCAUAUCAUAAAACCUAAUAGUAUCCAUGCAUUUGUAACAGGUGAUCGAUAUAAUCUUAGAUCUGAAUUGAUUUCAUCUUUUAACCAAAAUAUAAGUAUAACUUCAGAAAAUAACUCUACAAGAAACUCAUCACAAGUAAUUACCGAUGAAAAUGAUUCUGAUGUCAGCCGUUCCCUUACAAACACUGAACUAACUAAAUUCACAUUUACUGUAGAUCGUGUUGAAUUUGAAGCACUAAAAACUGAGAAAAUUUAUAAACGUAAGCGUGGUAAAAAAGUUGUGAAUUAUAAACAAAAUGUAUUGAUACCAGGUGUAUGGCAAGCGUUUAUAACAAGUAAGAUAUGGGAAACAACUAGUCGUAAGUGUGGUUAUAAUUAUCGUCGUCAUUUUGGGUCUAUGGGCUCAUGUAAUUGUACAAGUGAACUUAAAGGAAAGUUUCAUACUAACGAAGAUGAAGUGGUUUUUAAAUUUAAAGUUACUCAGGGAAAUGGUGACUGUAAAAAAACAUAUCUUCGUCGUCCACUGCGUGAAAAAGUUGGUGAAAGUUUACAGAAUCAAACAACAGACGAAUAUUGCUCGAAUUUGGCAGAUAAAUUGAUGAAGCCAAAAGAUCCAGAACCACCACAUCUUCUGAAAGCUAGUGCACUCCGGACAGUAAAAGGAGAAUUUAAAGCAACACUUUUUUAUCAUGAAGACUCUAUCACAGCUAUUACUAUAAUGCACGCUUCAAUAUAUCUCGAAACAAUUCAUUUUGUCUCUGAAAUUUCUGUUUGCGUUCAUUAUUGGACGAAUCAUCAAAGAGACGUUUAUUGUAAAUAUGCGUCGAAAAAUAAAAACACUUGUAUUUAUAUUGAUGCUACAGGGGGUAUUUUUCGUGAAUUUGUUAAGUGCAAUAAAACUAAAACUCAUAAUUUAUUUCUAUACAUCAUAGCUGCUCAUUUUUCUGGAGAGCAAUUUACAAUUGGUCAAAUGGUCUCUGAAGCACAUGAUACUGUUACGUCUGGCAAAAAUUAGACGAUUUUAUUUUAAUUUUAUAAUUUUUAAAUAAGUAAAACAGAAUAAUGAGAGUAUACAUUAAGUGCCUCGAUGGUCAGUUUUAGAAAUCGUUUUGGU